AUGGCAGAUGUCCCACAGACCUUCACGACCCUACCCAUACUCCCGCUCAGUGCAGCCCUGGACCCCGCUACGAAACCUCAGUUUCUAGAAGACUUGCGCUCCGCUUUGUUGAACGUGGGGUUCUUGUACCUAAGCGAAACGGGUCUGCCUGGGCAGUUGAUUCAAGAUGUGAUCAAGGAGUGCGGGCGAUUCUUUGAGGAAUUGCCGACAGAAGAGAAGGAGAGGAUCGAAAUGAAGAACGAGAAGAGUUUCUUGGGCUGGAGUAGGCUCGACAACGAGACCACGGCAUUCAAUCCAGACCACAGAGAACAGCUCGAUCUUUCGACUCCACACCCCAUACCAGGACUCGACGCCCCACUGUACCACAAUCUUCUCGCACCAAACCAAUGGCCUUCGCCAGAGUAUCUACCGUCUUUUCGACCAGUGUAUGAGGACUACAUACGUCGCAUGUCGCACAUUUCCACGCUCUUCACAUCGUUGAUAGCAGAAGCUAUUGGACUUCCCUCUACUGCAUUUGAGAAAUUCUUCGAUCGCGACCAGCAGCACAAGCUCAAGAUAGUCAAGUACCCGGAGGUCGAUGUACCAGAUCUGCCAGCUGAAGCGAGCGAGAUGGAUCGCAGGAAGUGGGAGAUCAAGCGCCAGGGCGUAGGUCCGCAUAAAGAUAGUAUGCUGACGAGCUACUUGUUGCAAGCUUCCAAUCAACUUGGUCUGCAAGCGCAAAACGCAAAGGGUGAAUGGAUAGACUGCAAGCCGAUACCUGGCACUCUUGUCGUGGCAAUCGGCCAAGGUAUGGAGGCUCUCACAGAUGGUGUCUGCGCAUCAACCACGCAUCGUGUCCUCAGUCCACGCAAAGGCGAAGGCGCGCGCUACUCCGUGCCCUUCUUCCAAGGCGUGAGCUACGACGCCCAAUUCGAAGCCAUGGACGUCCCUGAAGAAGUACUAAAGCUCAGGGACCAGGCGAGGAAGCAGCGCAAAGACGACGUCGAGUUUACGUUUGUCAAAGGCAGAUGGGGACAUCUCGGCGAGGCAACGCUGAUGAACAGGAUCAAGAGUCACCCUGACGUUGGCGAACGAUGGUAUCCCAAAGAGCUACAGCUGAUACGCGCGCAACAGGCAGCCGCAGCGAAGGCGUCAUCAUGA